GAGUCGGAACUAAGUGACCCGGAAGGGCGCCUGGGGCAGGCACAGGGCUGGGCGGUCCCGCUUGGGGUCGCCUGCACCCCACAUUUUGGGGAGCGCCUGCGCCCAGCACUUUGGGGGGCACCUACAUUCCUCAUUUUGGAGGCGUCUGCACCCAUAUCUUUGGGGGACACCUGCACCAGCACCCUCCGUCCAGCCUCGCGCCCAGGGGCCUGCAGCAGGGAUGGGCAGGAAGGUGACCGUGGCCACCUGCGCACUCAACCAGUGGGCUCUGGACUUUGAAGGCAAUUUCCAAAGGAUUUUAAAGAGCAUUCAAAUUGCCAAAGACAGAGGCGCAAGAUACAGGCUUGGACCAGAACUGGAAAUAUGUGGCUAUGGCUGUUGGGAUCAUUAUCAUGAAUCAGACACCCUCCUGCAUUCGAUCCAAGUCCUGGCAGCCCUCCUGGACUCUCCGAUCACCGAGAACAUCAUCUGUGACGUGGGGAUGCCUGUCAUGCACCGGAAUGUUCGCUACAACUGCAGAGUCAUCUUUCUUAAUUGGAGGAUCCUGCUCAUCAGGCCCAAGAUGGCUUUGGCCAACGAAGGCAACUACCGGGAACUGCGAUGGUUCACCCCCUGGUCCAGGAGCCGGCAAACAGAAGAGUACUUCCUCCCACAGAUGUUACAAGACCUGACAAAGCAGAAAACUGUGCCCUUUGGAGAUGCGGUGCUGGCCACCCAGGACACCUGCAUUGGGAGCGAGGUCUGUGAGGAGCUCUGGACACCACACAGCCCCCACAUCGACAUGGGCCUGGACGGUGUGGAGAUCAUCACCAAUGCCUCGGGCAGCCACCAUGUGCUGCGUAAAGCCCACGCCAGGGUGGAUCUGGUAACCAUGGCCACCACCAAGAAUGGUGGCAUCUACCUGCUGGCCAACCAGAAGGGCUGCGACGGUGACCGCCUCUACUACGACGGCUGUGCCAUGAUCUCCAUGAACGGCAACGUCUUCGCCCAGGGCACACAGUUCUCGCUGGAUGACGUGGAGGUCCUGACUGCCACCCUGGACCUAGAAGAUGUCCGGAGCUACAGAGCAGAGAUUUCCUCUCGGAACCUGGCGGCCAGCAGGGUGAGCCCGUACCCCCGGGUGAAAGUAGACUUUGCCCUUUCCCACUGCGACUUGCUGGAGCCUGUAUCAGAGCCUGUGACGUGGACGUACCAUAGUCCAGAGGAGGAGAUAAGUCUUGGGCCCGCCUGCUGGCUCUGGGACUUCUUACGACGCAGUGGGCAGGUAGGACGUCCCCUUCCUAGCCUGCUCCCUACAUGUUCCUCUGAUUCGCAGGUGCUGGCAGAUGUUCAAGCCCUGGUAGAUGAGAGCACCUACACCCCUCAAGACCCCCGGGAGCUCUGUGGACGCAUACUCACCACGUGCUACAUGGCCAGUGAGAACUCCUCCCAGGAGACUCAAAGCAGGGCCACUGAGCUGGCUGGGCAGAUUGGAAGCCACCACAUCGGUCUCGGCAUCGAUUCAGCCGUGAAGGCCAUCCUGGGCAUCUUCAGCCUCGUGACGGGGAAGCACCCCCGGUUUGCAGCACACGGAGGGAGCAGCAGGGAGAACCUGGCUUUACAGAACGUGCAGGCGCGGAUCAGGAUGGUCCUCGCCUACCUGUUUGCUCAAUUGAGCCCCUGGUCCCGGGGUGCCCGAGGAAGUCUUCUGGUACUCGGAUCCGCCAACGUGGAUGAGAGUCUCCUGGGCUACCUAACCAAGUAUGACUGCUCCAGCGCGGACAUCAAUCCCAUAGGUGGCAUCAGCAAGACAGACCUGAGAGGCUUUGUCCAGUUCUGUGCUGAGCAUUUCCAGCUUCCCGCCCUGCGGAGCAUUCUGUCUGCACCGGCCACUGCAGAGCUGGAGCCCUUAGCCAACGGACACGUGUCCCAGACAGACGAGCCCCACAACAGGUGGCUGAGAAGGUGAAAAGAUUUUUUUCAAAGUACUCCAUGAACAGACACAAGAUGACCACGCUCACGCCCGCAUACCACGCCGAAAGUUACAGUCCUGAUGACAACAGGUUUGACCUGCGGCCCUUCCUCUACAACACGACCUGGCCCUGGCAGUUCCGCUGCAUUGACAGACACGUUGUGCAGCUUGAAAAGAAAGAAUACGACAAUCUGGCUGACAUGAUCCAGGACCUAGACGGUUUGUCACUGCCUACAUGGAAGCUGCUCAGCCCCAGGGAUUCCAGCUAGUGGCCCCACCACUCCCAGUCAGCAAGUUCACAGCAACCCAGGUCUGGUUUCUCCUUUCAAGGGAGAGAGACAUUUUUCAUGUUGAUUCUGUAAAAAGAAGCUAAAAUAAAGCAAACAUGGCCUUUUAAAAUAAA